AUGUCCCACAGUCUUUCUGAAGAGUGUACACCCCUGAAACGCAAGUACGACGCAUGCUUUAACGCCUGGUUCGAAGGUUACUUGGAACCUGCCGUUUCGGCCUCGGUGACCCCGGAGCAGCGGACGAAAUUUUCCCAAGAGAAGGCAGCAGAGUUCGAAAAGGCCUGUGGAAAGAUCUGGCAGGAGUACCGGGAAUGUGUUCAGAAAGCGGUCAAAGAUAAGGGCUUGGAGUCACUAUUGAGCCAAGCACGCCAGUCGCAUCCACUCAAAGAAGCACCUCCC